UUGAAAUGUGUGGGUAGGUUUCAGUAAGGGCUGUUUAUGGUAUUUUCUAAGUUUUUAUUUUUAUUUUUAUGCAUUAACUGUUAUUUAUUUGUUUAAUUUUAAUGUACUAAUAUUUUCUAUCUUACUUGUUUGUAGCUUUUAUAUGUUGAUCAUUUUGUCAUUGAGGAAGUUAGAGCGAAACGAGAAACUCCUGUUCUAAAAGGCUGGACAACGAAUAUGUUGUCUAGCCGUGAGAAAUUGGAAAUUUUUAAGGGGAGGCUUGGAAUUUUCGAUAAAAAUCUGAAGGUUGUUGGUCCUUCUAGCAGCAAACAACCAAAAAUGGUAUUUCACUUUCAAUCAAUACUUAGCUUUUUUGCCUUUUAGAAUUUAAUUGAAUUGGACCAAAUCUUGUUAGAUUUCAUUGCAAACGAUCCCAACUUAUUCUGACUUUUUUUUUUUUUUUUUUUUUUUUUGCAUUCAGGAAACAUCUGUUCCAACUGUUCCACAAACUAAUGAAGAUGUUGAAGUAGAUCCAAAGAAGGUAUUUAUAUGAUUUUUAAUGUAGAUCUAAUAUUAAUUUAUUUUGUUGUUUAAUGACAUCCAUUCUAACUCAAUGUUCUGAAUUCUAUUAUGUGAAGUUUGGUUGGCAAAAUUGGGUUGUGGAGUAUCAGCAACAGUUGAAUAAUGAUGCAAUGUGGCACUCUAUUAUGGCGCAUCAAUGGAGUAGAGAAAUCAGCAAAAAAAUUAAUUGCUCAUUUGACAAAUGAGCAAAUAUUUUACCAUUGAUUUUUUAUUUAUGUUUUUUUUAUUUAGUCUUUUGUUUUAUAUUUAUCUUAUUUAUGUAUGUUUUUUUUUCUAGAAAUGCUUAAUGGAUCUUGCAGCGUCUUCGACUAAGCUGGUGUUGGCAUACAUGGACUUUCAUGAAAAACAUGAACUAGCUGUGAACCAUUUUCCUCACAAUGAGAAAAUACGAAAGCUGAAGGAAGAUGCAAUGGGUAUUUGUGACGAGCAAAGAUUGAGUUCUCAAGCUAUGCCAGAAAAUCAUAGCUUUUCUUUUAGCCAAGACGAUGAGUAUUGGCAAGAUCCAGCCGUCAUUGAAGCUUGGGAUAGAUUUUCCAAGAUUUCUGCUAAUGAGAAGAAUGUUGAAUCCUCAGUCUUUGCUAGGGCUGAUUGUCCAACCGUAACAGGAGCCAUUGAUGUAACAAAGAUUGCGGCUGAAAGUGUUCAGAUAGCAAAUAGUCUUUCUGAAAAUGAAGGUCUUGCUAUUGUAGUUGAAACUGAAAAAGUUGUAGGAGGUUCAAGUAUUCGAUCUGGUUUGAGAUCUUCAGUUAAAAAAGGAUUUGGAACUCCUACUUUCAGUUUAGGAUUUGAUGAUCCGGAGAACUCCCCAACUAUUGUACAACCUUUAGUAGCUGUUGAUGCUGAUGUUCCUGUACGACCUUCAGUUGCUGCCGAUGCUGAUGUUCCUUGUGCUGUAGGUGGUGCUGAUGUUCCUGUUUUGAAGAAGCGUAAAGUUCAACCAUCAAUGCUGCUUAGAUCACCUUUUAAGGCACGGAUUAUCAACAUUUACACUACAUUAUCAGAAGUUCAGAAAACUGUCUUGGAAGCUCUGUUUAUUGAUGAUAAAAAUCGUUUGUAAGUAUUUUUUUUAUUAUAGAAUUUGCUAUCUUGUAUACUAAUUCAUAUUUGCUUUAGUGAUAUUAACUUUUUUAAUUCCUUUAUGCAAUGAUCUAGUCUUUUUAUCCAAAGUUAAUGGAGUGCAUGAUGUUGAAGUCAUGAGAUUUCAACUUGAAAAGCUGUAUACUCACCUUAAAAUUGAUUCAGAAAUCAUUAAUGCUUGGUGUAGUAUUUUGAAUUAUAAUGAGCAAUUUAGAGACUCAAGUUCUCCUGCUCGUUUCUUUUUUAAUGUUACUGCUACUGAGUGUCUUGUUCAUUAUGAGAUUGAUUCUGUUAGUUAUCGGAAUACUACGUUUCGUGAGGUUGCUCAGUAGUUAUACAGCCAAAGUGUUGUCCCAAAGAAGGACAUUCAACUUUUCUUCUUCCCAGUUUACGAAAUAGGUCAUUAUUUCUUGGUAUGUUUCAACACUACCACAGAGCAUGGUAAUAUUGAGGUUAUUGAUUAUAGUGAAGAUUCCGGAGAUCAUACACAGCUUUUAAAACAUUUGAGAAGUGCAUUUUGCAAUUUUAUGCAAUAUGAAGGAAAUGUACAGAGCUCUGUGUUGUCAAGUGAUAUCAAGCGCAUGGAGCAUGUUACACUUGAUUCUCCUUGGAAGUCUACAGAUAAUAAUCAUUUGCACUGUGGAAUUGCAUAGAUGAGGAUUAUGGAAACGUACAUGGGUUUGUCAAAGUG